GAGCAGGCAAUACAGGACAAACUUCAAACUCUGUCACAGAGCUGUGAAAGCUACAUGAGUCCAGAUGUUGCUUCGGGUAAAGAGAUGAGUGACAGCUUUGAAGGAGCAAUAGGAAGUGGAAAACAAGAAGGAAAGUCUUCAAAGAAACAUAAGAAAUCUACACGUGCACGUUCACGCCAGGAGAAGUCCAGCAGACCCAAACUGACCAUACUAAAUGUUUGUAACACGGGGGAUAAGAUGGUAGAGUGCCAGCUGGAAACACACAAUCACAAAAUGGUGACUUUUAAGUUUGAUUUGGAUGGUGAUGCGCCAGAGGAAAUCGCUACUUACAUGGUAGAGAACGAAUUCAUAUUGCAGAGUGAAAAAGAGACAUUUAUUGAACAAAUGAAAGAUAUUAUUGAUAAAGCUGAAGAUAUGCUCAGUGAAGAUACAGAAGGAGAACGAAGUUCUGAUCAGGGAAUGAGUCCCCAACAAGAUACUGAUAGACUGGAAAUGAGCGAGGAGAAGCGGCAGUCUCAGAUGAAGACACCCGUGUAUCAGCAAAAUGUUUUGCAUACUGGGAAAAGGUGGUUUAUUAUAUGUCCUGUUGUGGAAAACCCUACUACUGAUGCACCAGAAUUUUCGCCACCAGUACCUCAGAGUACACAGCAGUCGGAAGGGCCAGACUCAGAGCAGCCAGAUGACCAGCCUGUGGUUAUGGAUCCACCUGGUGUCCUGUCUGGUCAGCAGAUAUGUGACAGUCCCAUUGGAGUUUUUUUUUCUUUGCCGCAGUUCCCUGCCACAACAUCUUCCACCGGUUUACCGAGCCAGGUGGAGUUUCCAGCUCCGGCACAACCAGGGUCUACUCCAAGUAUCCUAGAGCAGCCAGCCACCAACAGCAGUCAGCUGGAAUAUCCUCCACUGGCAGCAGCAAUGUCGGCUCAUCCUGGUACUCCUGCCCCCCGCGCUGCCUUGUCAGAGGAGCUGUCCGAUGCUGCCCCGCGCCUGCAGCCGCAGCCUGACGAGGGCACGUGUGUCCCUGAUGUGGAGAUCGCAUGUUGCAGUGUUGGGCCGCACAGGGCAGUCCCGGCAGCUCCCACAAAGGUAGCGGAGCUCUGCCCGCUCCCGGAUGCUGUCGUUCUGGAGCGGCAGCCUGUGGCGCAGGUCCCUGCACUGCCAGAGGCCGGCCAGCCCAGUGCGGUGCACCAUCCCUUUGUGAGCCCGGCGUUCCCUGCAGCCACCACAGCUGAUCCUCUUGCUGUAGUGGGGUCUCAGCUCCAGAGCCCGACACAGGGGCCAGCGCCCGCAGCCCCGCAGCAUGCCGCAGGGGUCACUCUGCUGCAGCAGCAGCCACCCGGCACAGCCGAGUCCGAUGGAGAGGGGCCGCCCAGGGUGGACUUUGUCGACAACACUAUAAAAAGCCUCGAUGAGAAGCUGCGCAAUUUGCUUUAUCAGGAAUAUGUUCCUACUUCGUCUGCAUCAGCAGGGACUCCAGACACCUCUGUCCCCUUGGAACAGGGCGACAGUGAAUUUCACUUGCCACCUUUUCCCGAAGAUCAAGUUCCCACGUUAGCGUUGGAGUCGAGAGAACCAGGACAUAAUGUUGCAGACACCAGCCAGGAGGUGACAGCUGCUGCUGAGGCCCCGUUGGUGCCACUCAUAGCACCUGAGAUCUCUCCCUAUCCAGGACUGUACGAAAAGUCGGAGGUCACCAGCAUCGGUGCCCGCUCCUCAGAAGGAAGAGGUGGGUCAGCAAGCAGAAAAGGUUCAGCUGCAAGCAUCACUUCAGCUCCUGCCGCCCCAGCAAAAGGCCUUCUUCAGGUUACACCUACAUCUUCAAGCAUAACUAAGCAGAUGGAAACUUCUAAAGGGAGCGAGAAGGCAAAAACUAUGACGCUGUCUGCACACAAAGAAAAUGUAACACAGAUACUUACAGCAGAUGGGGUGAUAAAUAACCUUCAAAGGGAUGACUCUCUAGACUCUGGUUCCUAUGGAAAACAGGCUGAAGCUCAUGAUAGCAGUACACCAGCCAAAACGAUUGGCAGGUUUUCAGUGAUCAGCACACAAGAUGAAUUAACUUUAGCAGCACCACACUGCUUGAGGUUCUCGGCACCCCCAGAUGUCUACUUGGAUGAGCUCCCUUCCAGCCCUAAUCUGAAGACAGCUGUCCGGCGGAUGCCAACAGCCUCUUCUGUUGAUGUCCUCUGUGACCAGGGUUCCAGUGAUUCUGCUGAGGAGCCUUUCCGUCGGCAGUCGGCUGCUGCUGCCCCACUGUCCCCACCAAGCAGCAGCACGGCCACUGACUUCAUUAAGAAAGCAGCUGCUUUUCUGCAGAGGUCUGGCAAAGCUGGCUCGCCUGGCCUCGAUUCCCCUAAUGGGCAAGGAGCAAAAAUUCCCACCAUCAACGUCACAUCUUUCCACUCGCAGUCGUCAUACAUGAGCAGCGACAAUGACUCGGAAUUUGAAGAUGCAGAUAUGAAGAAAGAAUUACAGAACCUGAGAGAAAAGCAUAUGAAAGAAAUUGCUGAACUUCAAACUCAGCAGAAGAAUGAGAUAGAGGCACUGUAUAUUCGGUUAGGGAAGCCCCUUCCUCCCAACCUGGGGUUCCUUCACUCAGCCCCACCAAGCAGCCGUCGCCGAAGAACCAGCAAAAAUAAAUUUAAAGGUGGAAAACUAUUAAACCCUCUGGUCCAGCAGCUCAGGAGUGGCACAUCAAGCACAAGUAAUCUUUCAGACUCUAAAGACUCACCCCACAAAGAAACACCUAAAUCUCAGCCUGGCUCUCCUGAAGCAGCAGCAGCAGUAGUUUCCUCUGCCUCAGCCACCUUCGGGAAGGCUGUUCAGACACAGCAGCCGUGCUCUGUCAAGGCCUCUUUGUCUUCUGACAUCUGCUCUGGCUUAGGCCCUGAAGGAGGUGAUGUGAACGCAAGCUCUGGCCAAGGCUGGACGGUUUUCCACCAAACGUCUGAGAGAGUGACCUAUAAAUCUAGUAGCAAACCUCGUACCAGAUUCCUCAGUGGACCUGUGUCUUUGUCCAUCUGGUCCACCUUGAAACGACUAUGUCUAGGCAAAGAUCACAGUAGUAGAUCCUCAACAAACAGUCUUGUAACGUGUCCUGAGCCCCUCCCGCAAUCAACUCUGCAGGUUCAGGCCAACAACAGUAAUAACAAGAAGGGGACAUUCACAGAUGAUCUUCACAAGCUGGUUGACCAGUGGACAAGCAAAACUGUUGGAGCUGCACAGACAAAACCUUCUUUAAACCAACUGAAGCAGAACCAAAAAAGGCAAGACAUGGAGCCAAAGGCUAAUCCCAUGCAAACACAGAAUGAGACAUGUGGAGUUAAUUCAGUAAGAACAGGAUUGGGGAAAAAAUACGUUGUUCCAGUGGCUUGUCCCAUGCCCGCUGCAUUAGCUCCUGGAGUGUCACCGUCCCUGCCAGUGCCUAUGCCAGUUUGCGCUCUAGGUGCCAUGGACACCUCUCUCCUGUUUGAAAGUUGCUUUUUGCCCGUUUUACUGUGCAUAGAGUCUCCACCUGCACUUCUCGGUCUAAAGGCACAAGACAACCACUAA